CCGGUUUCUGAGGAUUCUGUUCAAAUCUACUGCGUUUUCCGUUCCGGCGGUUGACGCGGAUCACGCUGACGUUACGCAGUAUAUGAACUUGCGUCGCGAGUUGUAUGUAUUGUUUAUGUUUUGAAAAUACUACCAUUCAACAACAACAAUGGAUUCAAGUAGCAGUGAUGAAGAUGAAGUUAUUGUAAAUCUGAUACUUCAAAGGAAAAAACGAAAGAAGAGGUCGUUCUGGGUUAACCCCAUAAAUCAGAAAAUAUCUAAUAUUGGCCAUUUUGUUUCUCUGAUUACAAAUGACUUACAAUCCUUAGAAGACCAAUACUUUUCUUACUUCAGAAUGACGGAGGAACAAUUUGAAACUAUUUUAGAUUUGAUCAAAGCUGAUAUAUUCAGACAAGAUACAGGAUUCAGGAGAGCCAUAACUCCAAGAGAACGUUUAUCUGUCUGUUUAAGGUACCUAGCUACAGGUGACUCAUAUGGGUCAUUCCAUUAUAACUACAGGAUUGGCAUAUCAACUGUCUCAAUGAUUGUGGUGGAAGUUUGUGUAGCUAUAUGGAAGAGACUAAGUGGUAUUUACAUGGCAAUGCCAUCUUCUGCUGAAGAAUGGAUGCAGUUGUCAAGAGAAUUUCAUAUGCAUUGGAACUACCCUAAUGCUCUAGGAGCAGUAGAUGGGAAGCAUGUUCAUAUCAAAGCGCCUAACAAUAGUGGUUCCCAGUAUGUUAGCUACAAAGGUCAUUUUUCAAUUGUGCUUUUGGCCUUAGUAGAUGCCAACUAUUGUUUUACCUAUAUUGAUGUUGGCAAUUAUGGGUCAGCAAGUGACGGAGGUAAUUUUGCAAGAAGCGCAUUAGCUGAGGCAAUAGAUAAUGGUAAAAUUAAAUUUCCUGGCCCGAAAUGUUUACCGAAUGCUCCGGAGUUGGGUGAAAUGCCCCAUGUCAUUUUAUGGGAUGAGGCUUUCGCCUUAAACUUGACAAUGAUGAGACUUUUUCCUGGCAAGGAAUUGACAGAUCAAAAAAGGAUCUACAAUUAUAGGCACUCUAGAAGAAGGAGAAUAUCAGAAAAUGCCUUCGGGCAACUCUGUGCGCGCUUCCUAAAGAAGACAAGCCCGGUUGAGAGAGCUACCAACACAAUACAUAUUGAAAACCCAAAGGCUAUAUUAAAUCACUGCGAAGGGUUAUCCAAAUUGGAGAAAAAAGGUUUCCAUGGAUCACGGGAUGCAAUUGAAAUUCGCAACAGGUUUGCCAAGUACUUUAUUUCAGAUGCAGGCAAGGUGGCAUGGCAAAGAAAGCAUUGUUCUGGGAAGAAUAAGUCCAUCAGUACUUAA